AUGGUGUUUGAAACGGUAGCAGCUGCAAACCCACCCACGCAUCCCGUCAACCUCCACGAACGAGGAGUCGACAUGCCCAAGUUUGACUUGCCCAAGAUCCACCGACGACAUUACACCCCCGAGGAAGUGUCGGUGCACAAAUGUGCAGAGGACUGCUGGGUGGUUGUGUUCUCCCGCGUCCUCGAUCUGACGGAACUCGUGGCCAACCAUCGAGGCGCGCUCACUCAGCCCAUCGUGAAUCAUGCUGGCGAGGACCUCACGCACUGGUUCGAUCCAGAUACCCGCGAUGUGCGCACCCACAUCGAUCCUGAUCGCAACCUCCGGCUUCCAUUCUUACCGCACGGACGCUUCUUGCACGUUCCGCCCCCCGAACCCGUCUCCACUUGGAACACACUCGACCUCAAACCGUGGUGGAACGACGACCAGUACUUCAUUGGGUUUAUCACGCAGCGAGUUCGCACGAUCCAAGUUGUCAACACACUGACGCACCAAGUGCAUUCGCUCGACGUGUGCACGGAAGAAACGGUCGAAGAAAUCCAAUACCGAUACAUCGACCUCAACUUUAACGCACAUGCGGCGAGCUACACGUGGAAGUACUUGGACGGAGACGAAUUUGUCCCGCUCGACAUGGCCAAGACUCUGGCAGAGAAUGGAAUCCCCGACGAAUCGCUCGAGUUUGAAAAGCUCGGCAUGGAUGCGGACGAAUUCAAGCCGAUUGUGCACAUUUACUUCAACGACGACUUGACGAUCUUGUAA